AUGGAUUCUUUGGUAGCUUUGGAUGAAAGAUUAAAAAAUAUUGAGGAUCGACUUGGAUCUAGUUCAGUUAUUCAAAAUUCAAAUGUAGUUAAUACAAUUGAGAAAUUAGAAAGAAUUUUAAAAGAUAAAAAGUAUGGAUUUUUACUUACUUUAAGUAAAGAAGAUAUUGCACAUCUUGAUAAAAAAAGAAUUGAACUUGAAGAUAAGGAUAUAAAGGGUAAAAUGGUAGCAAUUUAUUAUGCUACAGAGAAAUUAAAGAAAUAUUGUCAAGAUCUUGAAGAAGUUGACAGAAUGACUAAAAUGAUUUUUGAUUCAAAAGUUUUUGUCAAAGUUCCUUCAUUAAUGAGUGAGUUACAAAAAAUUGAAGGCGAAAUUGAAAAGGCUUUUGAUGAUGUUUUGUGCCAUUGUGAGGAAAUUAAAACAAUGAAAAUGGAGUUAAUUGAAGUUAUUAAAGAACUUACAAUACGAGUUUCUAACUUAGAAACAUCGAGAAAUUAA